UCACUAAUGAUAGUUGUAAAAUUUAGCCUGGAUCUGCUCUGUAAUCUAGAUUGGCAUGAGGUAAACUCAAAGAGACAGAAGGGCAGAAAAAAAGGAGAGACAGAAAGCGAGAGACAGCACACAGUUUUAUGUGCAGGGAAGCUGAUUUUAGUUCUCUGCUGCUCUCCCUUCUGGGGUUUCCCUUUUUGUGCCUUCUGCUUAAGUGUCAUUGGUUGUCAGGUUACCUGGCUUUCACUGUGAGGUUACAUUAAUGACAGGUGCACUCUGAGUUUCAGAGUAGCAGUCAGGCUGUGAGCUUGCGUGGAUGAAAGCAACAGACAUCUAUCCACCUGUUUGUAUACAUUAUUAAUUGAAACUGAGAGCUUUUCAUCAUCAUCAUUUUUUUUCAUUUUCAAAUGAAGGAGAUCCUAAACCAUUGCUACCAGCAGUCAGUUUUCAAGGUCUUUUAUGCAAGUCUCGUUUAGUAUUUAUAUCUUAAUUCUCUCAUAAGCCUUUGCCUCAGAGCUUUUAUUAAAGCUUGGUGAGUAAUCGGGCUCUGCUUUUGCUGGGCAGAAGGCUGUUUUGAUGCUGUAAAUCUGUUUCUGGAUAUAAGGUCCUGUUUCUUUCUUGAAGAAAACUGAGCUACACAUUUCAGCGGAUUUAUGGGGGACACAGUUAGCUGAUAAAGACUCUCUAAGGGAGUUACAAGGAUGACUACUUUGUUAACAUUACUGUCAACCACUCUUGAGAACUAUGGCUGUGCUUACUGGAACCUUGUCUGACACCCAUUGUAUCUUUGCCAGCCUGGCUAAAGGGCUUUACAGGUUUGGGUGAUAAAAGUGAUUGCAGUGUACCCAACUCUUUGCUGCGAUGAUCUAAGUUUCCAUGCUGGUGGGAUUAUUCCUGAUAAUUACUACAUUGCAUGUUGCCAUGCUUAAAACGCCCAAGGGUAAAAAUGUCUCCUGGGGUUCGGCGGACUCCUACACCAGCCGUCCAUCUGACUCUGAUGUAUCUCUGGAGGAAGACAGGGAAGCUGUUCGCAGAGAGGCAGAAAGACAGGCCCAGGCCCAGUUGGAAAAAGCAAAGAGCAAACCUGUUGCAUUUGCUGUUCGAACAAACGUUAACUACAGUGCUGCACAAGAUGAUGAUGUCCCGGUUCCAGGCAUGGCCAUUUCAUUUGAAGCAAAAGAUUUUCUGCAUGUCAAAGAAAAAUAUAAUAAUGACUGGUGGAUAGGACGAUUAGUGAAAGAAGGUUGCGAAAUCGGAUUUAUUCCAAGCCCGGUGAAAUUAGAAAACAUGAGGCUCCAGCAUGAGCAAAGGGCAAAGCCAGGAAAAUUUUACUCUAGUAAAUCCGGAGGAAACUCGUCUUCCAGUUUAGGUGACAUGGUACCAAGUUCCAGACGAUCAACUCCGCCUUCAUCUGCGAUUGACAUAGAUGCCACUGGCUUAGAUGCAGAAGAAAGUGACAUCCCAGUCAACCAGCGCUCCCCUAAAACCAGUGUUAGCAAUGUAACAUCACCCCUCUCCAAAGAGAAAAGAAUGCCCUUCUUUAAGAAGACUGAACAUGUUCCUCCCUAUGAUGUAGUGCCUUCAAUGCGACCAGUGGUCUUAGUGGGGCCUUCUUUGAAAGGUUAUGAGGUGACAGACAUGAUGCAAAAAGCUCUGUUUGACUUUUUGAAACACAGAUUUGAAGGACGGAUAUCAAUUACACGGGUCACAGCUGACCUCUCACUUGCCAAACGCUCAGUAUUAAAUAACCCCAGCAAACAUGCAAUAAUAGAACGGUCCAACACAAGGUCCAGCUUAGAUGUUUUGGCAGAAAUUCAGAGUGAAAUUGAACGAAUUUUUGAACUAGCAAGAACACUACAGUUGGUGGUACUUGAUGCUGACACAAUAAACCACCCAGCUCAACUAAGUAAGACCUCAUUGGCCCCAAUCAUUGUCUAUGUAAAGAUUUCUUCUCCAAAGGUCCUACAGAGGUUAAUUAAAUCCAGAGGGAAAUCCCAGGCAAAGUAUCUGAAUGUACAGAUGGUAGCAGCUGAUAAAAUAGCACAAUGUCCUCCAGAAAUGUUUGAUGUGAUUCUGGAUGAGAACCAGCUCGAAGACGCAUGUGAGCACCUAGCAGACUAUCUUGAAGCCUACUGGAAAUCUACGCAUCCUCCAUGCAGCAAUCCUUCUAACCCUCUGCUCAGCCGUCCGAUUGCUGCAGCUGCUUUGUCUGCUAGCCCUGCCCCGGUUUCCAGGAUGCAGGGUUCUCAAGGAGAGCAGAAAAGUGAACGAAAGCCACCAGAAAGGACUGCAUCACAUGAAGAAGAGGAGCCUAGGCAUGAGCCCACAAGACGAUCACAUCAUCGUCCAUCAUCAUCUGCAGUACAUCAUCACAGUCACCAAGGUGCUGUGAGUCGUGGUCUCUCAAGGCAGGACACAUUUGACUCUGAAACACAGGACAGCAGGGAUUCUGCAUACAUAGAGCCAAAGGAAGACUAUCCAGAAGAACCAGAAGAGCAUUAUGAGUCCCACAGGGAUCAUAAUCAUAGGGACGAGUCACAUACCAGUAGUGACCACAGACAUCGGGAAUCACGACAUCGAUCUAAGGAACAGGACCGAGAACAAGACCACAAUGAGAGGAAUAAACAUCGUAGCCGUCACAAAUCCAGGGACCCAUACUGUGAAAAAGACGGUGAUGUAGUAUCCAAAAAACGCCAUGACACUGGAGAGUGGAACAGGGCUGUUUACAUCCGCCAAUAAAUUUGGCCUGGCAGCUCCUCUAGUUAUGUUCUCUCUUUUUUUUUUUUUUUUUUUUUUUUUUUUUGUUUGAAGCUGUCUUGUGUACAAAAUGUCCACUGUCAAAUCUUCAGGUCUACACUUCAAAAAUUGUAGUAUACGUCUGUAAGCUACUUUGUACUGCUAUUACUUGAACAAUGGCAUGUCAUAGCUAAAUAUACAUAUAUACUUAUUUUUUGGAUAAUUAUAUAUAUGUGUGUGUAUAUAUAUAUAUAUAUAUAUAUAUAUAUAUUUAUAUAUAUAAACAGAUAUAUAUGUAUGUAUGUCGCAGCAUGGUACAAUUACAGAUUUCCUGGUGUACUGUGCUUUGCAUUUGAGAUGUUUUUGGUAGCUGCCACUUGAUCAAUAUAUGUUGCCAUCAUGAUGAAUGUUAAUGUUUUAGUCGAGAGAUGGUUGAAAGGUGACUUGGUCUCCCGGAGUAUCCAGUAAGCCUGGAAAUGCACAGAUAAUUUAAUUCUUUAUUUUCCUCUGGUAUUUUUUGUAAGUUACUUAAUUCUGAAGUUGCUUAAAACUGAGGACCACUAUCUGUUACUUGUACUUCAGUAGAUGACGUCAGGGGCAGAAAACGGUCUUGCCUUACACACAAAGGGAUCAUUGAAAGUUAUUUUAGUAUUGAUACCCUCUGCUGUACAUACAGUUUGACACUGUUUAUAUUUGUUGUUUCUUCAGACACCUCUAAUGGAAUAACAUAGACUCUAUCAACAACA